AUCGGCCACGUCGACGCUUCCAUGCAUGCAUCUGCAGCGGAUGGGCGACGCUGGCGAUCAGCCUGUGGCGAGCACCUCGUCGCCGACUGUGUCAGUUGCUGACGACCAUCUUGUACGAUUCCUAGCCACAGAACUUGAGAGAAAGCUUUUUGGCGCAAAGCGACAGCUCAGCAUCAGCGUCUUGCGCUCGAGUCCUCGCCGGUCACAUUCUCUCUUUCCGUGGGCUACCUUGGCACGUGAACCACCUUAUCGGCAGGAAAGGCCACAUGUCUUUGUCGAGGACAUCUUGGUCGCGUUAUGCGAGCGAGACAGGGAGCAGGCCGACGUGCCGAGCAUGGGUCUUGAAGCUUCUCUUUACACCAUUCCUGCCACCUCGACCUGCUUACUCUACGUGGCCAAGGUCGAUACAACAGGCUUGAUCAGCUAUAGCAAAGAGCUCAGCUCACCUGCUCGGGAGCUUACACGCGCGUUUCUUGCAUACCACUUUGCUCGACCACCUCGCGGCAUGAAGCGACUGCGUGUGCACAUCUUUGGCAGAGCGGCAGAUCAGUAUCUCUUCCCGCUAUCGGCAGACAACAAGGGCAAGAAGGUGUUGGAUGACAGGCGACUCUGCGCUUGGUGGAAGAGCGUGCUGAGCGAGAGCGCGCCUGCAAGUGCAGAGAGAUACUAUCUCUUUCCAGGCUUCACGGAGCUAGAGGCAACGCGUAUAGCGCCUCAGGAUACUCCGGCAUGGACAUAUGGCCAUCCCUACAGCGCCACGUCCUCACCUCUCUACACGACCAUGCACGUUACACCAUUGUCAGAGGCCAGCCCGAGCCCGAGCGCGAGCUCUGAUCUGGUUCUGACGGUAGGCGAUCUGAUACCCAAUUUCUCAGACGAUCCAAAGGGCCGCUACACUCGAUCACUUGCCCAGAGCAGGGCAGAGAACGUCGGCGAUGUAGGCGACUAUGAUGACGUCGUACGCAAGGCUGAGAAAGCGAGCAAUGCUGCACUGGCGAAGCUGCAACACGAUCGCCUCGAGAGAGACCUUUCGAGCGAAAGAGCGAGACUGGCGAAUGUCCAGCUCGACCAGUGGUGGGAGAACAUGGCCUUUCGACAAGAAUGCUCUGGCGGACGAAUAUGCGCGUUCUUUGUGGUCGUGCAAGACGAGCCGGUCGAUAUCGUGCCGCCGGAGUCCAGAAUCGAUCCUUUGGCAGGUUCAGUGGCUCACAAUGUCUACACGACGCUAUGGCAGAAGAUGCAUGACAUUGACUAUUCCAGUCGCGAAGAGGCAGUCGCCAAGAUCCACGACUGGCAAGCUGCGGUCAGCAAGGCAUGCGAUAGCGACACGAGCGCGAUCUGCAGAUCGAUCACCAUUGAUCGAGCGAGACCAGACAAGUCGGAAGAUCUCAAGCGCAGCGCGCCUGUCGCCGCCGUGACUAAGCUCAUGCCCCGCAAGAAGCUCAAGCCGGCCGCUGCAUAGACUGUUGUAUAUCACUUGUUCGAUCGAGAAUGAGCAUACAUCAAGGCGAGGUGGCGCUGGAUACGCGCU